UGUGCUAAUGACACCAGUUUGUGUCUGUGAAUCUGCCCGGGAGUCACGCGGGGAACGGAGAGUCUCUGGAGUCUAAACUAAACUGAUAGACCGGAGGAGGAGGUGUCCCACUGUCUGAGUGAGUCUCUCGCUCUGAGAGAGAGAGAGAGAGAGAGAGAGAGAGAGAGAGAGAGAGAGAUCUGCGAUAGCGUUUAAGCACCAUGGACAGCAACCGGGAGCCAUUCUCGUUAACAACCAACCAGCGGGAAGUUUAGAGCAGCUCGCUCUCCUCUAAGUGUUGACCGGAGGAGCUCCCAUUUUCAGAGACGACUCACUUUUGGAUUUGGAAAUAAUGAUCUAGUCUUUGUUCAUGCAGGUUAGUGUCUGAUAAAAAAUAGCUAAAUAAAUAUAUAGAAAAUCUACUCGACAUCAUUCCCUGAUCUCCUGUCCAAAACUUUCCUCAGCACUGGGAUAUGGACUAACAUCACGCCAUCCGCCACGGGCCGACAGGCGGACACCGGCUCCUCCAGGCUCGGGUUGCUAGUUGGCACAAAAACAUGACAUUUUCUGAAAUGGGAUGAAACAGGACUUAUCCAUUUCAGUUCAUCUUUAUUUAAUCAGAGUAGUGACUGUUUUCCAGGGAGUAGCCUAAGAAAGGCUUGUUUUCGUUUGCUGCCGACCCUCCUGACUGAGGCCGACCUCGGAGGACAGACCGGCUGGUCUCCAGGAGGAUGCCCGGGCAGGAUGUGCUCCAGCCGGAAGAUCCUGUGGAGCCUGCUGCUGCUGUCAGUGUUGGAGGUGGGUCUGGGAGUGACCAGUAUCGUCCUGGGAGCCGUGGGGCUCAGCCGGGUCAGGGAGGAACACAAGCUGCAGCAAGGAGACGCUUCUCCUGUCUGGAGCGGCAUGUGUUUUCUAAUCUGUGGGAUGUGUGGAGUGCUCUGUGCCAGGAAGAGGACUGGACUCAUCAUGAUUCUGUUCUCAGCUUGCUGUAUCUGUGGUCUGAUUGGAGGGAUUCUCAACUUCCAGUUCGUUAGGGCGUUGUCACGACGACCGGACUCUCUUCGUUCCCUACACCUAGCAGCCAUGACUAUUGCCUGCCUGGGUAUCUCUUCCUGUACCCUCUCCACCUGGUUGACCUGUCGUCUGGCCAGUUCAGAACAGCAGAGGAUGUUUCUGGAGAGAGAACACUCACUGCACCACUCACACGAGAUGGCUGAGAAGGAUUCAUACACACACGGAUCUUUUGAGAUCCUUGACAACUCCAGCAAUGGGAUUCCCCAGAUCUCCUACAAUGCUAACACCACAUCUCCUUGACAAUGGAACCACCUUGUUGCCCUGACAACUGGCACAUCUUGUAACCCUGACAAUGGAACCACCUUGUUGCCCUGACAAUGGACACAACUUGCUGCCCUGAUGAUGUACACACCUUGUUGCCCUGACAACGGAGUGAUGUCGUAACAGAGCUGAGCAGCAUUAUUGCAGAGCUGUUUGUAGAGAACUUCAGCACAGAUGGAAGAAGUUUCCCAAAAUAAAACAACAAUGAACGCUAUUCUUGAACAAGUUGUUCCGAGGUCUGAUAGUCCUAACACACAGAGCCCCAUGACAUAUGCCCUCACAGACAGGAGGGACAGACAGCCAAUCAGACGCUUCAAACUAAUUAUCACAAAACACGCAUGCAAUUUAUUUUAAAUCUCUCUCUCCCAUUCCUCCCU